ACAAGUGUGUGUUUAGUAUCGCUAUUAAAUCCCACUCAGUUAUCAUAAUCUUCUGUCGUUAUCAUAAACAGGUCUCUUCUCCUUGGAAAUUAACCAACAACGAUUACAUUAGAUACAUGGAAAGCUCCGAAACGCAAUUAGAUUUGGUGCAAAACGGAUCAGGCUAUGACAUAGAAAAAGAAAUCAAGGCCUUUGAUGAAUCAAAGGCUGGUGUUAAGGGUCUUGUAGAUUCUGGGAUAGUAAAAAUACCACCCUUCUUUGUUGUUCCAGAAAAAGUAGUCUCUUCUCAACCGACUCCUGCCCAUCUUCAGAUUCCUGUCAUAGACCUCGAAGACAUCCGUGAUGAUCCUGUUCGACACGAAAAGGUCAUCAAGGAAAUACGAAGUGCUUUAGAGAUAUGGGGUUUCUUCCAGGUUGUGAACCAUGGUGUAUCAAAGGAUAUUACGGAGGGAAUGAUUGAAGGAGUGAAGGGAUUUCAUGAGGAAAAGAAUGAAGUCAAAAGGGAAUAUUAUACGAGGGAUGUGAAGAAGAAGGUGACUUACACUAGCAAUACUCUUAUUCAUAAGACAAAAGCAGCGGAUUGGAAGGAUACCUUGUAUUUUCGAAUGGCUCCUGAUUCUCCACGUCCUGAAGAACUUCCAGUUGUCUGCAGGGAGACAACAAUCAAGUAUUCGGCAUAUAUAAGGGGUUUAGGGGAUACCCUUCUUAAAUUAGUAUCGGAGGCUCUUGGACUCAAUCCUAAUUAUCUGAUUGAAUUUGGGUGCGCUAAAGGGCUCAAGAUUAUGUGCCAUUACUAUCCACCGUGCCCUGAGCCCAACCGAACUCUGGGAAGCAAACCGCAUACUGAUCCUGACUUCUUGACUAUCCUUAUGCAAGACCAUAUUGGUGGUCUCCAAGUUUUUCAUCAGAAUCAAUGGAUUAAUGUCCCUCCAAUUCCAGGAGCUUUUGUAAUUAACGCUGGUGACCUUCUACAGCUUAUAUCAAAUGGAAAGUUCAAGAGCGUUGAGCACAGGGUGCUGGCUAAUCACAAUGGCCCAAGAAUAUCAGUGGCCAGCUUCUUUGCUAUUUAUGACAGGAUUUGUGGUCCAAUAAAAGAGUUGCUAUCGGAUGAAAAUCCUCCGUUGUACAAGGAAGUCCCUCUUAUGGAAUACAUUACUCAAUACAUGUGGAAAGAACAAGAUGGAGGAAUGACCACACUUGAUCGUUUCAGGCUGUGAUUUUGGAAAUUAGAGCACGUUGAAGUCUACUUGCUCACUCCAUUUCAGUCAUUCCAAAAUUUUACAUCUCAGCAGCCUCUGCUCGGGGAAUUCAUAACAUUUAAGUUUCUGGUGGUGUUUGAUAAGCAUUGAAUGCGCAUUUGUGUGUUGCAGUCAAGAAUUUAUGCUUGAUUUUUGUUGUUUCAGUUAAUUUCAGUGAUGCACUUGAGAAACCGAACCAUUUAGCAUAUCAGAUUACUCUGUUGUAUGUUAGUGGCAGCUACACACCUAUCUACAUGAUCUUAUUCUUGUCGUUUUAGCUAAA